AAGUUUACAAAGUCAAGGCCUUACAGUGAGUACCGUCGUUCUACAGCCAGCAACAAGAUAAAUUUAUAAGACAUUCUUAUUCGUCUAUGGUAAAAUGUAUGCAGAUCUCAUAAGUGACAAAGUCAUAAUUCACAUGCCAUUCAAUUGACAAUGGAGGAAACUUCAACAGAGACAAUAAUCUUGCCAAUACAGCCUUCUGAAGCAGAAACUGUACACUCUAAUGUUGACCAGUCAGGUGACUUCUCCCAGCAGUCUGCAGGUAAAACUCAGUACCAUGUACAGGAACAGGAUGUUAGCCAGAGUUCCGACAAUCCAGAACCAGCGAAACAGAAACGGAAAAAGAGAGAAAAGUACAUUCCUGAUGCCGUUCCACUGGAAUUACCUCCCUGUAAAAUAUGUGGUAAAAAGGCUUCUGGUAAUCACUAUGGGGUCAUCAGCUGUGAAGCUUGUAAAGGAUUUUUUCGAAGAUACCUACAGAGAAAAAUUCCUUACAAAUGUAAUAAAGGGGGUAAAUGCCUUGAGAAUUCCACAAGCAAAAAAACUAUUCUUUGUUCAGCUUGUCGAAUGCAGAAGUGCUUGGAUUGUGGAAUGUGCAGAGAAGGAAUUCGUCAAGGCAGGUACACUGCUUCAGAGAGGGCACAUGCUAUCGAGGAAAUUAAACGCUUCAAACAGCAGAAUAAUAAUUCCUCAUCACAAGACAUCCAUACACAGAGUUCAGAUCAGGCCUUAAAUCUCAGUAGCAGCAGUGAAUGUCUUGAUUUAUCUUUACCCAAACAAGGGGAAACAGUGAGUGCUUCACAUGCAGAGACUGCUGGAAUAAAUAAGGUGUUGUCUAACAGUUUAGGAAAGGAAGCUGGCUCAAAUGAAAGUUUUGAAGUAGGGAAAAUCAACACUGAGAUGGACAUUCUGAUAGAAAAUAUUGUGAAGGGAUAUCAUGAACUCAAUCCACAUAUCAUGAAGCUGACUGAUGAAGAGGCCAUCCAAAUUAUGAAAGAGGGCUAUAAAAAACAUACAGAAAAAGAGGAAAUGUUUGGCAAAAUGGACCCUCUUCCUGCCAGAGUGUACAGUGAAAUAUACAAAAACACUCAGAUGGAUAUUGAUGGAAGAAUGGAGAUUUUUCAGGUAAUCAAAGAAGAACUGGCAACUCUAAUCCAAGAAUAUGUUCGUUAUACCCAUGGUAUCCCUGGGUUCUCCAAUCUACCACCAACAGACCAAGCCAGGCUUCUGAAAGCUGCAAGACUGGAGUUUUUCUUCAUUCUGUGCUACAGAAGUUUCGAUUCCGAGACCAAAAUGGUAAUGACCUAUAAAGGUCACGUAUAUCCCAUCAGACAGUACUAUCCCUACAUCACAGAGGAGAUGGCAGUUAAAUGGCUGAACAUUUCUAAUGAUGUUAGAAGUCUCCAUCUGACCACACAGGAGCAUGCUGUUAUUUUAGCUAUAUGUCUGACAUUUACAGACAGGUGUGAACUCGAUGCCAGAGACCAGGUGGAGAAGAUCCAGAUGCUUUUCAUUGAGGCAAUCCAAUACUUACUUAAGAAGAGGGUUAAAGAUGAGGGUGGAGUACAUUUCUCUAAAAUAAUGAAUGUGUUUUUGAAGUUGAGGGAGAUGAAUGAGGAGUUUCUCACAUUUUAUAAGAAGAUGUGUGAGGAUCCAAUGAUUCAGAAGUACAUGCCAGAACUACUUCAUUUCCUGAUAGAGUGAUUUUACUGCUCAAUACACCCACUUAUAGACAUACUUAUCAGUUUAAUGGCACAUGGACACAGAUUCUACUUAAUUUUUUUAGCCAAGUUUAAUGUUUACAGGGGUGUGAAUUACCAUCACUCGAUGCUCUAGGUUACCUAUUUUAGAGGUUGGGCUAUCAUAAAUCUAUACUAUGUUAGCCUGUUGGGCUAGUAAAUCUAAAAUGAAAUUAUAUACUAUGUAUUAACGUAGACUGAAUUGAUGUAUGGAUUAACUUUGUUGUAAAAUCAUGUGUGUUACUAUUGCCAGUCGUUUCAGUGACAAUUAUAGUCGAUAAAAAUAUAAAGAAGUACCUGACUAUAACAAAUUGCAAACCAUUUGAUUUAUUUAUUUUGACUUUAAUGUUUUUUACCUUUAUAUUAUACAUGUAUUGUUUCUGGUAGUUAAUGGGCUAGUGACUUGCAACCUUAGGCUAGUAACUUUGGUACUGCCUCUGCCUGGCCUGACGGGCUGGUAACUCAUUUUUGUAAUUGCACACCCCUGUGUUUACAAUCCCUAAACAAGGCAAUUCUAAUGAUCAGCAAAAAUUUGAACAUCAUUUGUUGAUUUAGGAGAUACAGAACUUUGAAUUCUUCUUAAUAUAAACAGAGAUUGUGCCUUGUUUUUGUUUACAUAUAAAAAUAUAACAUUUUACUUAAAUGUUAUACUAGAUCCUUAAAAAUCUUAACUAGAUCCAGCAAAUCACUAUAAACUGUCUAAUUGUAUUUAGAAUUAACUUCUUUAUUGAAAAAAUAUGCUUUGAACAAACAUAAAUUAUUAUCUAACCUAUGUAAACAAAAACAUGGUGCGAGCCUUGUUUACAUAACAAAGGUUUGGAGCUCUAAACCUGUCUUUUAUCUCGAUGACAGAAAUUCAAUUUUUUUAGAAUCAUUAAAAAUACCCUAGUUAAAUAGUUUUAAAGAGAUAAAAAUGGAAAAAGAAUUUGAAAUUUUUUAGCUGCAAUUUUGUCCAUGUCCCUUUAAGACCUACAGUGGAUCAAAGAAAUCCAAAAUCCAUGUAUUUCUUAUUUGUGGAUUGAACAUGAAUUGUGAUUAAGAUUAGUUUUAAUUAAUUUUAAAAAACAACAACUCUAUUGAAAAAGGAUGUAUUUGACUAAAUGUGUAUGUAUAAGGGUUUUUUAAAGAAAUUUAUAGACUGAUGCUAUGAAAUUAAUACUUUGUAUUAAAGUUGUGAAUUUAUAAGAAACAUAAAAAAUAUAUUGAUUCAGAUUAGUACUGUAUUUGCAUAUAAACCAAAUAUUAAUUUUUUAACAGUUAACAUUCCAUUUGUCAUCAGUGAUUUAGCACAUUCUUUGCUGAGUGAUUUUUUUUUCUAUUCUUAAAAGAAUCGAUUGUUUUCAUAAAAUAUAUAACAAUUUUAUUUAUUUUGUGCACUUUUUUAUGAAUUUAUUUCUCAUGGACUCAAGGGUGUGUAUCAUUACCGCUACAUUGUCAUAACUGCUACAUGCACAUAACUGCUACAUGCACAUUACCGCUACAUGCAUAUUACCGCUACAUCCACAUUACCUUUACAUGCACAUUACUGGUACUGACCUUGACCUUUCCUUUGAUCUUGACAUCACUUUUCUUGAAUAAGUGCUUUGCUCAUAUUUAAAGAUACAAUUCAAGAUAAUGUUAUCAAACUUCAUAAGCUGAUACAUACUGAAGAGAGCUAUUCAACUGCAUCAACAUUUUUGACCUCGACCUUUCCUUUGACCUUGACCACACUUUUAAAUUAAUGUUAAGCUCAGUUUUAAAAGAAAUCAUUCAAGAUAUUUUAUCAAACUUCAUAAUUAUGUUGAUACAAAUUGAUGAGAUAUUUAACUGCAUCAACUUUUUUGACUUUGACCAUUCCUUUGACCUUUCUUUUCUUAAAUUAGUGUCAAACAUCAUAUGCCAAUACAUAUUGAUGUAAGCAAUUCAACUGCAUCAACAUUUUUUAACUUGAUCUUCAGUUGACCUUGACCUCACUUUUAUCAAAUUGCGUUUAAGUCAGUUUUGAAUAAACCAUUCAUAAUAUUUUUUCAACUUCAUAUGCUGAUACAUACUGAUGAGAGCUUUUCAACUGCAUUAACAUUUUUUGACCAUUGCAUUUCCUCUGACCUUGACCUCACUUUAAAGAAAUUAGUGUCAAACUUCAUAUGUUGAUACAUACUGAUGUAAGCAAUUCAACUGCAUCACUAUUCAAGACAUUCUGAUCAAUUUUCAUACACUAAUACAAAAUUUCAUGUUGCAUUACUAAUUAACCCUCGGGGGGAAGGCUUUCAUGUCUUAUGGACAUAUUUCUAGUUUUGGGCAGAUAUACCUAUUGAUAAAAUGGAGUGGUAAUGAUCGCCUGAAAAUAUUAUACAUUUUUUGCAUGAUAGUGAGGGAAAUAUGAAGACUUAUUCAGCCAAGAAAAAUCAGAAAAUAUGAAGUUUUACGGCCCGAUCAUGUGAUAACUUAGAACCAAUCAAAUAAUACGUUGUUUAGAAUAUUUAUAAUUAGGUAUAAUAAUAUAAAAUGUAGUGGUAAUGAGUUAAAUUUUUGCAAUGUAGUGGUAAUGAUGACCUCCCAGACCUAAAAGUCUUUGUACAUGUAUAAUUAUGACAAUUUGGUUACAAAGAUAACAUUUUACACAUUUUAUUUUGCUGACUUUUAAUGUUGUUGCCCCCAAAGUGUUUCUUCAAAGAAAGAGAAAUUGUACUUUGGCAAGCAUUGUAGUAUUUUGUUUUCAUGUACUUUUUUCUUCAAUUUUGUUUAAUGAUACAGCUUUAUUUGUUAAUUUUAUAUAAAAUUUAUAAAAUUGAUUUCUGGACAGUAUAGAGAGUAUAUAUCUUUUUGACAAUCAAUAUCAGUUUGUAUUUUAACUGGAUAUCAGUAUUAUGCAAGUUCUACUUGAAAUAUGAAUCAGACUCAUAUCAAUACAUAUUUGCAGCAUAA